UCCCCCGCGCGCACGUGUGUUUCCUCCGCUCCGUUAGCGCGCUGCCGCUCAGCUCCUGUUCGCUCUUCUCUUGUCAUUAAAGUUUGUGCGAGUCGCUCUUUAGAUCCGAGUUUUCAUGUCCGUUUGCGCCCUUCGGGUUUCGAGACUUUAUAUUCGUUUCCGCUCUGAAUUGUGACGUGUAUUUGGCUGCAGUGAGUGAUUUGACUUGUGUAAUAGUGCAUGUGUGGUGAGGAUGGGCAGGCUGAGGAAGAGACACAACUGGAAGGGACGGCAGCAGAACAGUUCUCAGCCAGCAGGAGGAGGGAGCAGUGAUGUGGUCGUGGAGGUCCAGGAUGCAGGCACGCUGAAGGGUGUGGAUGAGAGCAACGCACUGGUUCUUCCUGCUACGAAAGCCACCAAGAUGAAGGCUGUGGAAAAACAGGUCCCGAAAAAGCAGCCGCUGACAAAGAAACAGAAGAAACAGCUGCAGAAGGUGCUGGAGCUCAAGCAGAAAAAAGCACAGCGUGCCGACAUCCUGGACAAGUUGGCGGGGGUCCAGCUGCCAGAGAGUGAGAUGAAGCUGCUUUACACCACAUCCAAGCUGGGCACUGGAACCAAACUGUUCCAGAAGAAGCAACAUUUAGACGCUGUGGAGGACGUGGCAUUGGCCGAGGGGAAGUUCAGCAGCCUGACUGGAGCUAAGAGGAAAAGGAAGGAUGAAGAACAGGAAGAGGAGGAGGAGGAGGAGGAGGAAAAGGAAGAGGACACAAACAAUACAACAGACUCCUCAUCAGAGGAUGAUGAUGAGGAAGAGGAAGGUGACCCUGUGGAAGCUGCUGAUGUCCGCAGUGCAGAGGAGGAAAAGGCAGUGGAGGCAGUCCAAGACAAGGCCCCUGAGAAGAUGCUCACGAAGGAGCUAUGUAACAAAAGGAAGCCUCAGCCAGCUGUCUUCAUACCUGUGGACAGGCUGCCAGAGAUCCAGGCAGCUCGGCUGAAGCUCCCAGUGCUGGGAGAGGAGCAGGUGAUCAUGGAGGCGGUGAGGGAGAAUAUGUGUGUGGUGCUGUGUGGAGAGACCGGCAGCGGGAAGACCACACAGAUCCCCCAGUUCCUGUAUGAGGCUGGAUACGCCAGUGGAGAUGGUAUAAUUGGCAUAACGGAACCCAGACGAGUGGCAGCAGUCAGCAUGUCCCAGAGAGUCGCCAUGGAGAUGAACAUGUCCACACGGGUAGUGUCUUAUCAGAUCCGAUAUGAAGGCAAUGUAACCAGUGACACCAAAAUUAAGUUCAUGACUGACGGUGUGCUGCUCAAGGAGAUUCAGAAGGACUUCCUGCUGCAGAAGUACAGAGUGAUCAUCAUCGACGAAGCACAUGAGCGCAGCGUCUACACCGACAUUUUGAUCGGUUUGCUAUCCCGGAUCGUACCACUGCGUAACAAGAAAGGCCGUCCCAUGAAGCUGCUGAUCAUGUCAGCUACGCUUCGUGUUGAGGACUUCACGGAAAACAAGAAGCUGUUUCCACGCCCGCUACCGGUUAUCAAGGUGGAUGCUCGCCAGUUCCCGGUUACUGUCCACUUCAACAGGCGCACGCCUACAGAUGAUUAUGUCGGCGAGGCCUUCCGGAAGAUCUGCAAGAUCCAUCGUAUGCUACCACCCGGUGGGAUUCUGGUCUUUCUCACAGGCCAAGCCGAGGUCCACUCUAUGUGCAGGAGGCUUAGGAGGGCCUUUCCCUUCCGGUCAAACCGCACGGGAUUGGAAAGUGACCCAAAGGACACUGAAGAGGAAAGAAAGUGGUUCAAGAAGGCGAAACAGAAAAAGAUGUUGUCGCUGCCCCGUAUCAAUCUGGACAACUACUCCACCCUGCCGGUGGACGAGGGAGAUGAAGACCGGCAGGCCGGCAUCGGCGAUGAGGAGGAUGGCUCUGACCUGGACCUGGAGCUGGGGGACGACCCUGGAGACGAAGAGGAGAAGUGUGAUCCCAUGCUCCCGCUCUAUGUGCUUCCUCUGUACUCCCUCCUGGCCCCAGAGCAACAGGGCAAGGUGUUCCGUCCACCACCCGCUGGAACCCGGCUCUGUGUGGUGGCCACCAAUGUGGCAGAGACCUCUCUGACCAUACCAGGCAUCAAAUAUGUGGUUGACUGCGGUCGUGUCAAGAAGCGCUUUUACGACCGGGUCACAGGCGUCUCCUCCUUCCGAGUGACAUGGACGUCUCAGGCAUCAGCCAAUCAGAGAGCAGGGCGGGCGGGCAGGACAGAACCAGGACACUGCUACAGGCUCUAUUCCUCUGCAGUAUUCUCUGAUUUCCAAGAGUUCUCAGAGGCUGAGAUCACACGGCGACCUGUGGACGAUCUGGUCCUGCAGAUGAAAGAUCUCAAUAUCGAGAAGGUGGUGAACUUCCCCUUCCCCACACCGCCCUCCAUGGAGGCCCUCGUGGCAGCGGAGCAUCUGCUGGUGUCACUGGGCGCACUGGAGGAGCCCCCCCGUGUCAGGAGUGCCAAGGACAUGGAGCGGGUGCGACUCAGCUGCCCCAUCACCCCUCUGGGUCGGGCCAUGGCCGCGUUCCCUGUCGCGCCGCGCUACGCCAAGAUGCUGGCCAUGGGGAAACAGCAGGGCUGCCUGCCGUACGUCAUCACCCUGGUGGCAGCCAUGACUGUGCGAGAGAUCUUUGAAGAGACGGACAGGCCUGCGGCCAGCGAAGAGGAGAACGCUAAGAUGGCUCAGAGGAGGGCACGGCUGGGCCAGAUGAGGAGACUGUGGGCUGGGCAGGGCGCCUCCCUGCUCCUGGGGGACCUCAUGGUCAUGCUGGGUGCUGUGGGUGCGUGCGAGUACGCUGGCUGCACACCCAAGUUCUGCCAGGAGAAUGGGCUGCGCUACAAAGCCAUGCUGGAGAUCCGCCAGCUGCGGGGGCAGCUCACUACCGCAGUCAAUGCUGUGGAUCCCGAGGCGAGACUCUACCUGGAUGCCAAAAUGGCACCCCCUACAGAGAGCCAGGUGCUGUGUCUGCAACAGAUAGUGUUGGCAGGCCUGGGAGACCAUUUGGCACGCAGGGUGCAGGUCGAGGAGCUCCUGGAUCCCAAGUGGCACAAUGGCUAUAAGACCCCUCUCCUGGACAGCCCCGUGUUCAUCCACCCCAACUCUGUCCUCUUCAAGACUCUGCCUGACUAUGUGGUGUACCAGGAGGUCCUGGAGACAUCCAAGAUGUACAUGAGAGGGGUGUCUGCUGUCCAGGAGGAGUGGAUCCCCCAGAUCUUGCCCCGCUACUGCCACUUUGGACCCCCCCUGGAGGAUCCGCCCCCCCGUUUCUGCCCCGACAGCGGCAGGGUGAAGUGCCACUGCAAAAGCACUUUCUUCCGCGUGGGGUGGCCACUGCCGGCUGUCGAGAGGGAUUAUGCAGAAGGCCUCGACCGCUACAAGCUCUUUGCCAAGUUCCUAUUGGAAGGACAGGUGUGUCCCAAACUGCGGACCUAUACCAGCUGCCUGCUGUCCAGUCCCUCCACAAUGCUGAAGACCUGGGCCAAAUUGCAGCCGCGCACAGAGGCCUUGCUGGGGGCGCUGGUGUCCGAAAAGGCAGACUGUCGCGAGGCCCUCCAGUCAGCGUGGGAGAAGAAUAACAAAUACCUGUUGUCAGCGUACUGUCAGUGGCUCCCUGAGGCUUUGCACGAGAAGGUAGCCAAGAGCUGGCCACCCAUCUGAGCUGAGGACGAACACCGUGCCCAUCAUCUCUUCUGCAGCAUCAGCAUCCCUUCUUGGAAAUUAUACACCUAUAGAGACUGUCAGGGGUGCUUGGACUUCUUGCUGGACAGUAAUAUUUCAGAAAAUGUGGGUCAAGGGCUCUGGAGACACUGCAUCGAAGACCAUGUUUACACUUGUGCGUUUCUGCUCCCUGAUCUCCUGAAUGAGUGGUUGAUCCAAGCUUCAGUCAUGUACAUCUGGUCUUCAAGAGACUGUGCUUUAAAUAUUUGUUCAUAUUUUUUUAUAAAAAUAUAGAAUUUUUGUCUCAUUCAUUUGCCA